AUGGCCACAGACGAGCCGGGCAGCCACAGUGGCGAGAGAAAGCCUCUGAGGACAGCUGGCUUCCAGGCCAUCAGAGUCUUCGUGCAGGACUGCCCAGAGCCUUUAGCGUCCCGACCUGGCUGGAAGCCGCUGAGACUCGGCCAGUUCCUCAGAGGCACCCUCCCAGGUCGCUUCGCUGGGCGGUCGGGGCGUGACGUCGGGUCUGCUGACCUCCCUUGCUCCGAGGUGGCCGUCAGGUGCUGGGCAGGUGGGCCACAGCUCUGCGGGCUGCUGGAGCCUGGCUGGGAGCGGCCAGCCCCUGCCUGGGAGCCGUCAGGAUGGAGCCGCAGCACCUGGCGGGCUGGCUGUGCCCCCAAGGCUCGGCUGGGCUCCGUGGUGCUGGCGUCCGUGGCUGGGGUGCUCUGGACCUCUUCCCAUGCCCCGGUGGCACAGAAGGCCCAGGGCUUCACCGUGUGA